AGUACUGCUCAUGGUACGCAAGUACUCUGGAGGAGAGAUUCGGGCACAAUGGCUUCCUUCUGGAUUUUCUCAAUCCAGUUGCUCCUGCUGAUCUCCGUUGCAUCUGCAUCACAUUUCACUGCAGGCACUGUUAGGGUCGUUCCCAAAGAAAAACACCUGAAUGGAUCCAUUAAGGUGGACAUAUAUUUCAGGCAAACUUACAGAAGCUGCUAUCACUAUUUCGAUUGGAGAUGCUUGAAUGGUAACUGCGGAAAAGUAUCGGAAGCAAAAGAAGGUGUAAUAGACGGUAGCACAAAUUCAGCACCCCACACAAAUGCUUGGUGUGAAACAGAAGUAGUGCAGUCAAGAUAUUACCCCAAUGACGAUUCAUUUGACCUGAGGAAAGCUAGCUGCUGUUGGAUUCCAAAUGUGAAUUUACUGGGGUCCUGGAGACUGUUCACACAUGUCGACUUGAGGGAAAGAUCUGAUAACUGGCAGGCGAAUGGCUCUCCAAAUAAUGCCAUCAUGCCCUUCCUGAGAGUUCCUUCAAACUGCCCAAGAUCCUACCAUCUGUUGACAGAUGACCCUGAUGGUGAUCGGGUGAUUUGCAGAUACGGAACCAUCUUAAACAGAGAAUGCGCUACAUGCAAUCAACCCCAAGGUUUUGAGCUGGAUGAGAGAAACUGUGUGCUACACUACCGUUCCACAUCAUACACUGGGACGUAUGGGUUUGAGUUGGUGCUGGAAGACUUUCCAAGAACCACCAUCUCCUUGAUCUCCACAAAUGGAACUUCAACUCAGAGGUUACCUUUGCCUUCAAACAGAAAGAAACGUGCAGUCUACUACACAUACUCUUACACCACUAUCCCAGGCCCGACCCCCACCACCACAGGCCCAACCACCAUAACAACCAAUAAGCCAUGGUGGUGGCAACAUCAAGGCCCAACCACUACCACCACAGGCCCAAACACCAAGACAACCAAUUACCCAUGGUGGUGGCAACAUCAAGUCCCAACCACUACCACCACAGGCCCAACCACCAGGACAACCAAUUACCCAUGGUGGUGGCAACAUCAAGUCCCAACCACUACCACCACAGGCCCAACCACCAGGACAACCAAUUACCCAUGGUGGUGGCAACAUCAAGGCACAACCACUACCACCACAGGCCCAAACACCAAGACAACCAAUUACCCAUGGUGGUGGCAACAUCAAGGCCCAACCACCACCACGGCAGGCCCAACCACCACCCCGUACCAAACCUACCCCAGCAAACCGUAUCCUACUCCUCUCAGUCAAAUUCCUCUUCAAUUCUCCGUUCUAGUGGAUUCGCCUGUUCCGUCCUGCACUGAAGGAGAGUACCUGCCUAGGUUUGUUCACCCAACACCAAGUCAUGGAGACCAUCUGAAUGCUCAAGUCAAUGAAGAAUUUGAAAUCACAGUCAAAGCAGUAGCCCAAUAUUCAACAGUAGGUGAUAUCAUCUUCACAGGACCCCUGGGUACCACCAAACACAGGAUUGAACGGGGAGAGUUUUAUCUGAGAUGGACCCCGACUGUACACCAAUUUGGAGACCAGGUUCCAAUUUGCUUCAUUGCGGAGGCAGCUAUUUCGUAUCAGCAGUUUCAGUCAGAAAUGCGAUGUGUUUGGGUGCAUGUUGAACAUGCUAAAGCACACGUGAUCUGCAAUGAAACCUCCAUGACAGUAGAGUUGGAGAAAGCCGCAUUUAAGGGACUAGAUGAAGAUCACCUGCGGCUAAAUGAUCCCGGCAACGAAGCCUGCAGACUACACUCCAAUGGCACUCAUGUCAUUGGUUUCAUCCCACUUAAUGAAUGUGGUACUAUGAUUAAGGAGGACGAUGAAAACCUUUUGUUCUCAAAUGAGAUCACCACCUUUGAGGAUGUCAGAGACAUCGUUACCAGGAAACAUCUUUUGGAAGUUCAGUUUUCCUGCCAGUACCCAAAGCGUGGAAACGUAUCCCUUGGGUUUACAGUCCACAGGGACAACCAGACUAUUACCGAGAAGGGCUUUGGGACGUUCACCUACAACUUUGAGUUCUACCCAGACAUCCUCUUCGACACAAUGAUCAACCCACACUUCUACCCGCUGGACUAUGAAGUUGGAGAUAAGAUAUACAUGCAGAUAGAUGCCACGACUUCAAUCAAUAACACUGUUCUGUUUGUGGAGUCCUGUAGUGCUUCACCUUACGAUAACCCCAACUACCAGCCCACCUACCCAAUCAUAGAGAACGGGUGUGUACAGGACUCCACUGUUGUCAUCUAUCCCACAAGUCAUAAUAAACAGUUUCGGUUUUCAAUCGAUGCCUUCAAAUUCAUAGGAUUACAUGACCAGGUGUACAUCAGCUGUUCGGUCAUUCUAUGUGAGGCUGGGAACCCCAACACCAGAUGCUCCAGGGGAUGUCUCCCAACCACCCCCAUUGGUCGGCGCAGGAGAUCGGCUGUUAUUGAAACAGGAGCGCACUUCAUUUCCCAGGGUCCUUUGCGUCUGCAAAGCACACCGGAAAACAAGAGCAGUGUAACCGGCCUGAAUCUCAACAUGGCCUUCAUCGCUGGAUGCCUUCUAGCGGCGAUUGCCAUGAUCUGUGGAGUGAUGAUUCACAAAUUCAAGAGGCCUGCUGUUCGAUAUCAGCCUUUGUCAAGCAUUGAGCAAUAGGUUAUCAGUGAACAUGGCUUGGAUAUCGAAAUGUAUGGGAAGGAUAUUGUUAAUUAGCCUCACAAAAUAAAUAAGGAAUUCUUUCAAAGUCUGAUUAUACAAUAUAUAUUGUUAUUUCUUGUUUACUGUAUCGAGCACGAACCAAUAACCAAUAACCAAUAACCAAUAGGUAAUUGGUUAUUGGUUCAUAUUAUUCUUUUAAUUCUCCAAAUAAUAAUCUCAGCUCUAACUCAUGAUGAUUAUAGGCCUACUAUAACAUGAUAAUUAAUAAAGCAUUUUUUCUUGUAGCUAAA